GUCAUUUUACUGUGAUGGUGAUGCUUGUUCGUUGUGUAAAAAAAUAUUUGUGUUUUAUAUAAAAUGGCUGACACCGGUCUCCGAAUGAAUUUCGCCGCAUUAAAAAGGGCAGAUCCGUAUGCCAGAGAAAUAAUUGACAGUGCUACCCACGUCGCACUAUAUACUUUCGAAGAGAACGAAUGGGAGAAAACGAACAUCGAAGGUGCUUUGUUUGUGUACAGUAGAAAUGGUGAACCUUACCACAGUUUGGUGAUUAUGAAUAGAUUAAAUACGAAUAAUCUCAUCGAGCCAGUUUCUAAAGGUAUCGAAUUGCAAUUAAAAGAGCCAUUCUUAUUAUAUAGAAACGCCAAGUGUCGCAUUUACGGCAUAUGGUUUUAUGACAAAGACGAAUGCGUUAGGGUGGCGACGAAAUUGAAUUCUCUAGUUAAAACACCCAGCGAGAUGCCCCAGAAUCCAGCGUACGCAACCCCCGCGAAGCCGAACGCCCCGGUAGACAUAUUUAGCAUGCUAAGCAAGGCUCAAGAUGAUUUUAAUUCUACGAACGGUAUGGCGAAUAAAAGUGACACAACACCGUCGCGGGCACCUGACAUGGCGUCACAAAGUGUGAUGGAUUUCUUUGCUAAAGCGGGAAGUGGCGCGGCCGCUCAAAUGCCUGCAGUGUCCUCUCUUCCAUCUCCAGGAAUCUUCGGGCCGCGGCCUACCGACGUACGAGAAGGCCCGCUCCUCCUGCAGAGGUUAAUGAGCAACCCGGCACACUCCGUGGAGCAUAUAGAGAAACAGCAGCGCUCAGUCACACCUCAGGAUGCACUGUGUGCAAAUGGCAAUACAUCUAUAGAUCCCGUCAUGAGGCAGAAUAGCUCUUUCCAGUUAAAGUCUACUCCCAUUGAGAAGCAAAAUCAGCAGCGCAUAACGAGUCUCAAGAAAAUACAGCAGCUCGAUUGUAUAGACACAAAUGGACCUAAUCCAUUAGAGAGCGAACUCAACCUAAUGCACAUCUCCUCUCCAAAGCCCACUUCUCCACUGGCUACAUACCUGAACCAAUCCCAGGAAAUGGGGCAUCCAGUGGGCUCGUUUAACGGUGGUAAGUUAGAAGAAGUCCCGGGUGUUUAUCCAAUCAUUAAUUCAUUAGCCAACCAACAGAAGCCGGCUCUUAUGCCGCCUACGAUGUUCACCGCCUCGCCAGGAAAUGAAAUUCAGGCUUCCCCGGAGCCUCUUACUAGGAAUCAACUUCUUCAAGCUUUCAAUUAUCUCCUCAAACAUGAUGCCGACUUUGUCAACAAGUUGCACGAGGGUUAUGUAAAAUCGUUUUCAGAAAAAGCUUUCUCUGUUUCAUAAAAUUCAUUCUUA